UGUAAAGCAAAAGAACAAAGAAAUGGCUGAAGCAAUUGUGUCCAUGGUUGUGGGAAGGAUCACUGAUCUGUUGAUCGAGGAACCUCUACUUCUUCACCGAGUGGAGGGUGAAAUUCAACUAGUGGUGACCGAGCUCAUGAGGUUGAAGACAUUCUUGCCAGAUGCUGAUUCAAGGAUUGAUGAAGACAAAAUCCGGAUUUUGCUUGCGGAGGUACUGCAUCUUGCCUAUAGUGCUGAACAUGCUGUGGAAAGCUUUCUGGUCAAAGCCAUUUCAUACCCUGGAAAAACAAUCCAGUGGAUGAAUACCAGGAAGUUUUUGUUGGAUUCAAAGAAAGAUUCAGAAUCCUCUGAUUCAUCAAAUUCCUCAAAUGGGAUCGUGGGAAAGUUGAAGAGAUUCCACUCUUUCACUACUGUUAAACCAGAGUUAUUUGUGGGAUUUCAAGGAGCAGUAGACCUCUUGGUGGGACAUCUAGUGAAAGAAAGUGAUGAUUCUCACCCGCUUGUCUCUAUCUGUGGAAUGGGAGGGCUGGGUAAGACGACUCUCGCUGAAAAUUUAUACAAUCAUUCCACUAUUAGGGCUUGCUUUGAUGGUUUGGCUUGGGUUUCCAUAUCGCAAAAGUGGGAGAAAAAACAGGUUUUGCAACGAAUUCUUGUAUGUCUCGACCAUGAGAAGAAAGAAGAAAUUCUUGCUAUGAAUGUUGACAGUCUAGUGAAAAAUUUGAUACAAAUUCAGGAAAAGAAAAAAUGCUUGAUAGUCCUUGAUGACAUAUGGUCAAAUGAUGCUAGGGAUUCUUCAAAAGAUGCAUUCACAGCUGAAGGGUCUCUAAGCAAAUUAAUGCUUACAAGCCGUAAUGUUGAGGUUGCUGAGCAUGUAAAUCCGAGAGGUUUUAUAUACCAGCCAGAAUGUCUAAGUGCUGAUCAUAGUUGGGAGCUACUUCGGUUGAAAGCCCUCCCCAGAGGAUAUUAUCUAGGUACAUAUUUUACUGGCAUUUAUUGUGUUGAAUUUAUCUAAAGGGAAUAUUCUGCUGGAGUAUGAAUGUAUGAUAUAACUCGCCUCCUGAGUUGCAAUUUUUAAUAAGUGUAUUAUACAGGCAUGACUCAUGAGCGCAUCGAUUGUUCAACUUUGUAUCGACACGUUCUUAGAAUAACAUACUGUGUCAGUAUUCUCUCCGAUCAAGAAGAAAGUCAGCUAAGAUUACUAAUCUCAAAGUUGAGGUUUUUGAGGGAGGUUUGAUCAGAAUGAAAGUAUAUUAUUCAACAUGGCGAAUGUACCAGAAAUAAAUGUACGAGAAUGAAAGUAUAUUAAUUAACAUGAAUGUCAUGAAAAUACACAAAUGCUCAAAUUCAUGUUGAUUCUGUUUUUUAUUGGAUAUCAUAUUUCAGUAGCUGAACUUCAACUUUGCAUUUUCAUGCUCAUAACAACCUACAAACUGAUGCAUUGUAAUCUGU